CGUCAGACGAGAUCCAAACAGUUUAUACGAUUUUAUGUUUGUCCAGUUGUAGAAAAACUGUUUAAUUUUGCUGAGCGGAGCGACCUCGCCGACCAUGAACCCUGAAUAUGAUUUUCUGUUCAAACUGCUUCUGAUUGGUGACUCUGGAGUUGGAAAGUCCUGCCUGCUGCUGCGCUUUGCGGAUGACACCUACACUGAGAGCUAUAUCUCCACCAUCGGAGUGGACUUCAAGAUCAGGACCAUCGACAUGAAUGGAAAGACUGUCAAGCUGCAGAUUUGGGACACAGCAGGUCAGGAGAGGUUUCGAACCAUCACCUCCAGCUACUACAGAGGAGCACACGGGAUCAUUAUUGUGUAUGAUGUCACCGAGCAGGAGUCCUUCAACAACGUGAAGCCGUGGCUGGAUGAGAUUGAUCGUUACGCCUGUGAAAACGUCUCCAGGCUGCUGGUCGGAAACAAGUCCGACCUCGUCAGUAAGAAGGUGGUGGAUGCUGCCACUGCUCAGGAUCUGGCCUCGUCUCUGAAGAUCCCCUUCCUGGAGACGAGCGCCAAGAGCUCUGAUAACGUGGAAAAGGCCUUCCUCACCAUGGCCUCCGAGAUCCACAAGCGCCUAGCCAGCGAGGGAGGGGGGAUGCAGGGAGAGUCGACGCAAGCCAGGGCCCAGACCACCAAGAUCGACAGUGCACCUCUGUGGCUUGGAGGGAACAAACAGACACCUGAGACCAGUACCUGCUGCUGAGACCAGUAUCUUGGACCAGUACCUGCUCCUCACACCAGUAACUGCAACCAUACAGGUUCCUGUAGCUGAAACCUGCUAAAUUAAGUUUUCCAGUCUUAAAAACUCAAAUCUAAGUAUUGAAAUUGCUGUGACUCAAAUAAUAAACAUUUUGUUUUAAGCUUUUGUUUUUCAACGUUCUCAUCACAGGUGAUCAAUUUUUUCUUUUCUCAAAAACGAUAUUCUGAGAGCAUUUGUUUAAAAAAAGAGGCUAAACUAUCAGAAAACUUCCAUUGUUUAUUUUUGGAAUUUUAACAAAUCAGUGCAGAAAUGUAGUUGAAAGAUUUUCAUUUUCCCACAAAGAUUCCUAAAAACUGUAAAAAAAUAAAUAAAUAAUGAAUCACUUUGGAUGAUUGUGGUUUGAAAAGAUUGCAGAAAUGUUUUUGUAAUAACAAAUA